UCAUCUUCUCCCCAACGGCUGACUAAAAUGAUUGAACAAUUUGUUGGGGGCGGAAAGGUGAGCCGAGCAAGACAGAGGGCAUCAAAGUAAACUUUGAAAAGAUCACCCCUCGACAAAGGUAAAAAAAACCUCAACAAAAACUAAAGAAGUCGGUGCUAUUAAACCGGAAACGGGAGAGGAGAGUGCUUCGGUUAUUGUUUCUUCCUUCUUAAAAAAAGACAACUUGUUAAGUCGUUGUUUGGAGCCUGAACGCACCACAGAUACGCCCAAAAUUCCCAGCCGUCUUUAAUGCAUUGUUGCUCCAUCCCACAAUGCCAACUCAGUCUCUGCUGCCGUUUGUGGAGAGCCCGGAGGGACUCACCCAAGACAGCUUGACUAGCAACAGCGCCAGCAUCCCGGGAUCUGGCUCAAGCAUGACUCCUCACGCCACCUACCUCUCAAAGACCGUGGCACAAUGCGGAGCGAACGAUUCGCCAUCUUGCAUGUUCUGCGACAAGACGUUCACUCACCAAGAUGAGGUGGGGCAACACGUUCUCACCCAGCACCCCACCACAUUCUUUGAGCCGACCGUGCUCAGAAUUGAAGCGGAAUUUCGGAUCCCGGGGCAGAGACCCCGGACCAAACCAGUCAGCCUGGCGCCGGACAAAGAGGAAGUCCACACCUGUAUCGUGUGUGGCCUGGUGUCGCAGGAUGCCAGCGAGCUGGAGACCCACCUGAGGAAGCACAAGGACUACUUCACCUAUUGCUGUAAUGUGUGUGGACGGCGGUUCAGAGAGCCCUGGUUCCUCAAAAACCACAUGAAGAUGCACGGGAAGUCCGGGACCAAGAGCAAGGCACUGCAAGACCAGGAGGGCCCUGUCACUGUCAACGGCGUGGUUCAAGAGCCUGCGUCAGCGCCUGUGGUCACCGCCUACAAAAUGUGCAUGGUUUGCGGGUUUUUCUUUCCAGACCACAGCAGCUUGGUAGAACAUAGUAAAGUACACAACCGAGACGUGAGGCCUGCCAAAGAUGAACACUCUGACGGCACUGGGACUGAACCUCUGACCCAACAGAGUUUUUUUCACAGCCUCAAUCUCAAGCCUCGUCCCGCAGGCAAGUCUUUGCGACCUGAAAGAACGUCAAAAUGGAUUCCUCAGCUGGAUCCCUAUAACACAUUUCAGGCCUGGCAAUUGGCCACAAGAGGUAAGAUUGCAGUUGGUCCUAUUACAACGAAAGAGAUGGGCCCGGAGGCCAGCACAGACAAUGAGGACUGCAGCUCUGAUAAGGAACAGAUGAGCGCUUCCGGGUCUGAUGGAGACAAAACUACCAAAGUAGUUCUAGGCAGAGAGCUCAGAUCGCAGCACCAGCAGGCCGUGGCAGCGAACCUAGAACCGCGACUACCACCACGGGGAUCCCUGAUGCAAAAGAACAAAGAGACUGAGAGGCCCACCACUUGUGAGGAAUGCCAGCGAAGCUUCAAGACCUACCACCAGUUAGUACUUCACUCCAGGGUACACAAGCGUGAGGGAGGCGGAGGGGAGAGCCCCACCUUGGCCACUGACGGAACGUGGGCCAGAGCAGGUUCAGCAGCCUACGUCGAGGGCGGGACUGAUGAAGGCUUUGACGCAGGCGAGGAUGGCCUCUACCAAUCGAAAGAGCGAUCGAAACACUGCAGCUACUGUGGCAAAUCAUUUCGCUCAAGCUAUUACCUAACAGUGCACCUCAGAACUCACACAGGUGAAAAACCCUACAAGUGCAUUUACUGUGACUAUGCUGCCGCCCAGAGGACAUCGCUGAAAUAUCACCUGGAACGACGCCACAAGGACAAACCUUACGUGGAGAUCCCAAGCAAACCCGUUAUUCCCGUGCCCUCACCAAGUGAGAGGAAAGCAAGUUCAGCAGUGAAAAGAUCCAAACUUUGGUUUCCUGAGGCCGAGGGAGAACCGAUGGAUAAAUUGCAAAGCCUUGUCGGCGAGCUCCACAACGUGGCUGUGCAGAACGAGCACGAAAAAGUAAUUGCUGAUGCAGCUUUCAACGGAACUGAGAACGUGACCGUAAAGUGCCCUGUAGCUGUUAAUCUGAAGGUGGAAAAGGAGGAGAUAAAAGACGACAAGUGUGAGGCCCCAUUAGAUCUGUCCUUAAAAGUGUCUCUUUCCGUCCCCGCCAGCAGACAACCCAGAAAUGCAUUAAUUCCUUCUGUGUGUUCAUUCUGCACAUAUAAAACCAUCUACCCGGAGGUCCUGAGUAUGCACAAAAGGCUGACUCACAAAGAUAAAUGUGGUGGUGCAAGAAAGAAUACUUUGGGCAAGCAGAAGCGCCUAACAGGCUGCCCACCUGCGCUCCACGGAAAAGACGUCAGCCCGCUCGCUAUGAUUGACAGGCGCCAUCCUCGCCGAACCAAGUCCCCACCCCCAGCCUCUCCACCGACAAAACCCAAAGAAACGACGCCUCCCAACCAGAGAAAGCGCUUCGGGCACAACCGGGCGUCGCAGUCUGACCGCGAGUCUUCUGCUCGCUUAACCGAGCAGGCGAGGAAAUCCAGCCCGGCGGGCGCGUACCAGCCAAACACCUUCACCAAAGUGGCGGCCGCCGAGAGGAGUUUCCCUGAGAGAAGUGCGGCCAUGUGGCAGUCUGAUGCCGCUCACCUGUUCCUGCCCGGCCAGUUUGGGAGCCUGGCCCAGAUUGGUGAGCCGCCCAGCAAGAGAUUUAAGCAAAUGAAACCUGCAGGGGGUGUGGACGUGGGUUUCAAAGGACCACCACCGGGUAAUGGACGAACCAAUCUGCGUGUCCAAGGGAGUGUUGUUAAAGCUUUGCCGCAAGGCCUGCGUGCACCUGCGGACAUCUUGGCUCCGAGCAAGAGCACGGCCUUCGGAGAAGGUUUGGAUGCCGACUGGAACAAUCUCCUGCGUGCCUGCACUCCCUACACCCUGGCAUCUCUUUACCGCGGCAUCCUGGGGAACCCAAGCCACAUGGAGCUGGCUCAUCCAAGAGCAGGAGGCAGGAGUGUGCUGUUCCAGCACUUCCCCACUGUACCCAUCCUUCCCAGGAGAGAGCCCCCAGCACCCAUCCCAAAUCAACACCAUGGGACCUCCGAUAAGACAACAUAAAAGGUCAACGCACGCUAAAGGACUUAUGCAAUCUUUCUGCACAUCUGACACAAUCGGGUCCUUUUGAGAAUGUGAAAUCAGAAUCAUUUGCUGCUACCUUAUUUUCAGGACUGUUGGAUGUUUUGUGGUUGUUUUUUAGGGCUGAAAAAAAUUCCUUUCUGAGCCACACUAAUGUUGAUCAGAGUUUACCACAUAGCAUUUGUGCAUCUUUUUAGCACAUAAAAUAAUAUCCGGGGAGCGUUUGAUGUACCAAAUAUUGUUGCUGCUAUAUGUUCAUCAGCAAAGCCCCUCUCCUCAAGCACUGAGCAGUGUGUUCCUUUUGUCAAACGUUUGAUUGGAGUAGAAUUACAUGGUACAUCAAGCCCCCCCUGGUGGUCUGCACAGUUUGUGUGGUACUGUUCGUCAAAUGGUCCUCAGAUUUUGUGGUUAUUAAUAGUGCUGUACGUUGUUGUUCCACGGCACAUUUUCAGUUUUCCAAGUCUUGCACAUUUUUGAAAGUAUUUAAUUUCAUAUAUUAUUUGUUCAUCCUGCCUUGAUAUCUUUAAAAGCGACUGGGUUCUCAGGGCUGCAAAAAUGAACACUCAGCCUUAACAACUACAUACUAUCAGAAUCAAUUUGUCAAUGUGAAUAAAAGAUCUCAGGCAAGUCAGAUUUACAAUCUGAUCUGCCACCAUGAAUUGAGAUUAAGUUAUUUUGUUUUUUCUUCCACAACUUGUGUAAUUGAAUGAAAUAUAUUGUUUGAGAUUUGUAUAACAUGUUUGAAUAAAAAUAUAAGAGGCAAAGAGA